GCAUUGCUUUAUCCUUUGUGUGUCACAUAAGGAAACCGAAAACUUAUCCCCACAGCAACCCCCAACCUACAGAGAGAGAGAGAAAAGAGAGAGAGAGAGAGAGAGAGAGACCACAUGCAGCAGGACCACGCAGACUUGAACAAACACACGCUCAGGAUGGCAACACUAACAAUGAAAAAAUGUCACAAAAUGUUGUCCGGUGCUUUUGUGAUCUGUGCUUUUGCUGUGCUUUUUCAAGGUGUGCUUUGUGAAGUGAUCGAGGAUGAGGUCGAUAUCAAGCCUGAGAUCCGUGGGGAUGGUGAUUCAAUAUCAAUUAAAGACCAAAAAGAUAAAUUUCAAGACCAGGUUGUAGAGUUCCCCAGCAUUGGGCCAGAAACACCAGCGGUUACACAGCCAAACGAGCCCACCACAGACCAACAGAACACGAAGACCCCCGAUCAGACUGACCCACACCCACCUGAAAAAAGCAGCAUCACAUCCAAGGGAAAUGUGGUAUGUGUGGAUGAAAUACCAGUGAAAUACAGAUACGACGUUCUGCUGAAACUCAAAGCCCCCUCCACAUGUGAAGAGACUAAAGCAAAGAUUCAGAGUGUUCUGGAACAUCUCUGUGGUGAAGACUGCAAGCUCGAAAUCUUCCAGAAAGAAAACACUGAUGAGAUAAUUGUUUACGGAGAGAGUAUUGAAGACAAUCCGGAAGAAAUGGCUGGGAAAUUCAACAUCGACAACAUAAUGGAUAAGGUUGAAGUUGAAGAGGCAGUGUCUCGUGUGGGUCAGCGCACUAAAGCUGUCUUCAUCUCCGUGUUGAUAGCUGGUUUAAUUCUUGCUGCUUUGCUAAUUGCCGGUUACCUUCUAAAGUCACGUCAGGAACAGACGAAAGGACUACGACUGGCUGAGGAAUCCUUCCAAGUGGAUCAGGAAAACCAAGGCAACACAUUGCUGUCUGUAGCUCCCCUCCCUCAACAGGACCCUUCGGACAAGCCCGUCAUCAAUGGAGAGUCCCCCGAAUCUCCCCCCACCAAUGGACACUCUGCCACACAGACACAGGUGGCUGACACACCAAUGUAAGACGUGUCAGCAUCUCACUUUAAUGACCAGAGAACAAGGUUAUCAAAAACUUUAAACUCAGGCAAAAAAGAUAUUCCAGAUUUUCAGGAUAUCUGUGAACAUGAUGAAGCCAACGAAAAUAACACAGGACGCAGAGAGAUUGUACACUAUAAAGACGACAACAAGGAUUUUUAUCUGUUGUGUGAAAAAAUUAUCGCAGGUUUAAAGGAGUCUUGCAGCGUAAACAAAAGAGCCAAAGAAACGAAUGUGCCUGUGAUGUUAGCUGCUGAUCUUGCAGAUUCGUGCUCCGUCUAAACCACACUCAUUAAAAUAAAAUGAACCCAUCUCAAACAUUUACAUAUUCAUAGAUGCUUUCACAUGCAGAAAUAAAGGAGAUGUCCUUUUAGGUAAUUAGGAAAUGGAAAACAGUAUGAUUUGCAUAAGCAUCUUUAGUUUGGAAAAGCUUUCUGAAGUCUACGACCGAUUGCUUCCGCAAAACACAAAAGAAGAUAUUUUGAAGAAAGUUGGUAACCGAACAGCGCUGACACACAUUCACUUCUAUUGUAUGGACAAAAAAAAUACAACUAAGUGGAUCAGAGCCGGUUAAAAACAUUCUCCAAAAUACCUUCUUUUGUGUUUUGAUUGAAAUGACAAGAUGGUUAGCAAAUUUAAAACCAUAUUUUUUAAGCAAGCUUAUUGUUGGGUGUUUUUUAUUCCUAUAUUGUUUCCAGUUUAUUGUUUCCUCUUGUACUGUUCUUUACAUCGAUUUUCGUUUUCUUUUCACUUUUAUAUGUACAUGCUUACAUUUUACUUUGUACAGCUCUUUGAAAGGCGCAAUAGAAAAUAAAGGUAUUAUUAUAAUAAACAAUCAGUUUUGGGUGAACUAUCACUAAUGAUAAUGUAUAUUUGUAACACAGUUUUAAACACAAAAACCUUUCUCCGGCACUUCAAGCCGAAAUACAAUACUAAGCAAAGACGCCUGACAAAACCCUUUCUCUGACAUCUGUAAUGUCAUCCUCAAUGGUUUUGAUGUUCAUGGUCUUUUAUUUAGAUUUUGGUGCAUUUAUUCAGUUACCCAAAGCUACUUUGUCAAUGUGAUUUUUUCAGUCUGCGUGUUUUCUGAAAACCAAAUCCAUCACCUUAUUUUCAUUACUAUGCUGUUCUAAGCUACAGAAACUGGAAGCAGAAACAAACGAACUGCUAAAAUCCCUGAGCUUUACAUGUGUCCAGUAUUGUGCAUUUAGUAAAAAAUGUAAUGAAAAACUGUGCGAGUAAAUGUGUGAUUGUUGACCAAUAAGCUUGUAUAAGGUCAAAAUGUUUUUGUAAUUGCCUAUAUUUUUAUACAAAGUAUAUUUUGCUUUAUACUUUUUAGUUUGGUGUGUAAUCUAAACAUUUAGAUAGAUGUUUGAAAACAUGAAGGUGGCAAAGACCUGUAGGACCGAUGUUACAUGAAUGUGCAAGAGUGAGCGGUUAUCUCGUUGUGUUUGUUUUAUUGUUUUAUGUACUGUGGAAAAGCCAAAUUUACGAACAACCAUCAAAUAAAUGACAAUAUCAAUACUUAUAACUCUUUUAUUU